GUCCUUUGAUGUGGUUUUGGCGGGGUGUAUCCCAGUCUCUUGACGAGUUCUCUCAGACUUUUGUUGAACUGAACAGCGCAACCACAGUGAAUCAUGGCAGAUAGUUGGGGGGGAAACCCUCGCGGCGGAGGUCGUGGAAGAGGGGGAAGAGGCGGAAGGGGCAAUAGUGGCGGAAGAUUCGGAAGUGGCGGAAGAGGCGGCAGAGGGUUUAGCGGAGCAACCGGAGGUUCAGGGUAUAAGGGAAGUUGGGGAGGUUCUGGUUCUGGGGGCGGAGGCGGCGGUAGAGGGGACUGGGGAAGAUAUCAGGGGGGAACCGGCGGAGAGGUUGGGCGCGGGAGCUUCAGCCCGGGCGAUUCAAGGAAGCGGAAGUUUGAAGGCGCAAGCGGAAGUUCCGACGAGGGCGGAGGAGGAGGCGCACGCGGGCGAGGUUGGGGAAGAGGAGGCGGUCGCGGGGGGGACGGCGGACGGGGUGGGGGACGGGGCGGUGGACAGGGGCGAGGAGCGGGGAGGGGAGAGAGCGCUCCUAGCGGACCAAUGGACAGGAAGCAGAGGAAGGAGUUAGCGGAGGCGCGGAAAAAGCGCCGCCGCCCUCUCUUUGAUUUGGAAAAGGAGCUGACUCUGCUGUGGGAGAAGUCUCGCCAGAGGAACAUAGACAUGGAGAAAAAACACAAGCUGGUGACCUCAAUGAUUGCUAAGAUGAAGGGCAAGAUGUUGGAAAUGGCGCGGUCGCACACGGUGUCACGGGUGCUGCAGAUGUGUGUUAAGCACGGCAGGAAGGACGAGAGGGAGAUGGUGUUCGCUGAGUUGAGGCCGCACUGCAGGGAGCUGGCCAUUCACCCGUAUGCCCACCACUUAGUCAACCGGAUGAUGGACCAUGCCAGCAAGGAGAAGAAGCACGACAUCAUAGGGCAGCUGCGGGGGCACGUGGUGGAGAUGAUGCGGCACCCUGUGGCCAGUGCAGUCGUGGAGCACGCCUACCAGCUCUCCACACCUCCCCAGCGCUCAGCUCUAGCGUCCGAGUUCUUCUCCCCCGAGUUCCGCCUCUUCCCCUCGCUCGCCCUCCCGGGCUCCGGCCACCUCUCUGACCUGCUGGCGGAUCUCCCCACGGGCACCACCCGGCAGUCCGUGCUGCAGCACCUGGAAGCUUCCCUGCAGCCGAUACUGGAGAAGGGGAUCGUGGACCACUCGCUGUUCCACAGAGUGCUGGCGGACUACCUUCAAGUCAUCUCCAAGGGAGGUGGCGGAGGUCCGCAGCAUCUGAUGGGCGCUCUGCUGCUGCGCAUGGUGCACACGAGGGAUGGGGUCAGGAUCGCCAACACCAUGGUUGCCCAGGCGACUCCUAAGGAGGUGCGGCGGGUGGUGAAGGCGCUGAAGGGAGUGGUGGCGCGCGUGGCGUGUGACGACCACGGCCACCUGCUGCUGCUGCAGAUGCUCGAGUCCGCCUCUUCCGGUCCUUUGACCCGGUUCGUGGUCAAGGAGCUCAUUAAAGACCUCUUCGAGGUCAUGCAGGAGCGGAUCGGCCGCCGGUUCCUGCUGCAGCUGCUCGCCCCCUCCUCCACCGCUACCUGCCACCCGAUGCCGCCCAGGCUGUUGUGGUGGGCGGCAGAGUGGAGGAGGAGGGGGAGGAAGAGGAGGAGGAGGGGCAGGAGGAGGAAGGAGGGGAUGAUGAUGGAGAGGAGGGGGAGGAAGAGGAGGGAAAGGAGCAAGGGGGGGCGAUGGAAGAAGGGGAGGGUGAAGAGGAGGAGGAGGAAGGUCAGGGAGGUGAGGAGAUGGAAGAGGAUGAGGAGGAGGAGGAGGAGGGAGGAGAGGGGGAGGCGGAGGAGGGUGAAGAGGGAGAGGAGGGAAAGGAAGGGGAUGAGGGAGAGAGGGAGAAGAGGGGGAGGAGGGGGAGGAGGGGAGGAAGGGGAGGAGGAGGAAGAGGCGGGGGAGGGAGAGGAAGGAGGUGCCACAGCUACGAAGUUCAGCAAGAGGAAGGGGAAGGCAGACGGCAAGAAGAGAAAGGCUGCUGCCGCUGCAGCAGCAGCAGAUGAUGAUGAUAGUGAUGAGGAGGAGGAGGAUGAGGGGGAUGAGGAGGGGGAGGGGGAGGGUGGAAGGGGCUCUCGGUCCGUUGCUAAGAGAAGGAAGCUUCUGAUUGAUUCAGGAUUGGGCGAGGAGAUGCUCAAGCUGGCAGCGGAGCAUGCGGGCGCCAUGCUGAGGUCUCAGUUUGCCUGCGAUGUCAUCUAUGAGCUUGCACGUGGAGGAGACUCGUCUCUCCUCGCCCUGCACUAUCCUACACUCCUCUCCGCCCUGCACUCAGGCAUCGCUGCUGAAGCCGCUGCUCCCCGCCCCCCUGCUGCUGCUGCUGCCAAUGGCGCUGCUGCUGGUGGUGAUGGUGCGGGCAAGAAGGACAAGUCAAAGAAGGGCAAGGAGAAGAGCGGCAAGGUGCAGAAAGCACAGGAGGGGGGUGAGGAGGAGGGGGCAGAGAAGGGGGAGAGGAUGGGAGCAGGCGGAGAAGCAGGGGGAGCAGCAGCCAAGCCAUGUGUUGGAGGAUUUCUUUGGCAGCAGAGUGCUGAGACGCCUGGUGGCAGAUGAGGAGCGCCAGGCCGCAGCAGCAGCUGCGACUGCAGCUGUGGCAGAAGGAGCAGCAGAAACUGCGAAGUCUGAAGAAGCGGCGGCUGCAGCAGCAGCAGCGUUGGAGGGGGAAGUUGAGCCUUUCUGUGCCGUGUUGUGGCGAGAGGCGCUGCGAGGGCGGUGCAGGGAGUGGGGCACAGGCCACAGUGCCAAGGUGGUGGCAGCUCUGGCGCAUGCCCCUCACAAGCCAACAAAAGAUGCCGCCCUGGCAGAGAUGGCAACGUUUCUCGGUCUGCCCGAGUUUGCUGCACUGAAACGAUUGGUGGAGAGCCCACCCUCCCACCAUCACCAGCAGUAGUAGCUGCAGCAGCAGCAGCAGCAGGAGGGAGCAUACUGAGUAAAAAGAGCACCUAUUGUAGAACCACCGGAAUUGCAGAAGCUUGGCCACCUUUCUAGAAAAGAACGCGCUGUAGUCAGGACGUGUGCUGCACUGUACGCAUUCCAAAAUGCUUGAAAUGUGUCGCACAUGCAUAUGCCACUCACCUGGACCUCCAACGUGUAGCUUGGCGACGAUAAUGCAAGGCAAGGCAAUGUGUUGCGCAGUGCACAGAUUGGACAGGAAGGUGUGCUGAGUGGAGCUUUGGGUUUAGGGUUUAUGGAUGCAAUUACCUU